ACAUGCUAUCUGAGGAUCAGCGGCAGCUAAUCCCAAACUGUGUUAAUACCAAUUGCAAUGUAAAAACACACCGUGCUGACUUGAGCAUCAGCUGAUCUGGAGCUUCAGCACAGACCUCGGGGUGACACCGAUGAUGGAGUGGGGGAGGGGGCAGACUUCAUGAUUACGGGCUGGCUCUCGGGCAGCAUGACGGAGGAGACAUGCCCCCAGCUGGUGGAUUACUUCGUGGUGGCUGGCCUGACGCCCGGCUCCAAGCCCCUGGACGAGGAGGGCCCGCAGCGGGCAGUGCGCCCGGUGGAGGCCGUGACGGAGCUGGCAGUCAUCGCGCGCUCGCUGGGCGAGGACGUGCCUGAGGGCUUCACCUGUAUCGAGAAGACUCCGGGCGGGCACACAGCGGAGCUGAGCGCGGGGCUGCUCAACAACCCACACAUGUACCUGUGCUACAAAAGAGGCAGAGACAAGGCGCCGAUACUCGACCUGGGGGUCCUGUAUGAAGGGAAGGAGACCCUGAAGCCAGGCUGGCAUGUGAUCGAGACCACUCCCUACAGCCACUCUGCUAACCUGGGAUCUGGGGGUCCUGGGACCCAGCGCACCUUCAUCACCUACCGGCGCGCCCCCGACUCGCAGGCCCUCAACACGCUGGGCGUGACGGACAUCUCCCUCAUCCUGCCCAGCAAGGGGGAGAGCGCCCCACACACCUACUGCAAGGUGGACAAGAAUCUCAACACGGGCCUGUGGGGUCCAGCGCUUUACCUCUGCUACAAGAGAGCCGUCGCAAAGGCCAACGCCCUGCUCUACGAAGCUGGGCUGCUCAGCCGCUACCCCGAGGAAGACACCGCUUCCUUCCCCCUGCCUGACUCUGUGCCAGAGUUCUGUCUGCCCAUGGGAGCCACCAUCGAGAGCUGGCCCCUCAACACCAAGUACCAGCUCCCCGUCUUCUCAACAUUUGUGCUGACCAGCGCCUCUGCAGACAAGGUGUACGGCGCUGCUCUCCAGUUCUAUGAGGCGUAUCCACGGGAACGCUUGAAGGACAAGCAGUGUCUGCGGCUGGGAUUGGUCAGUGUGAUCGACCGCCGGCCAAUCACCAGCCGCAUGGUGCAGGUGAAGAAGAGCAUCUGCGUGCUGUCCCACUGGCCCUUGUUCGACGUCUUCCAGAAGUUUCUAACCUUCAUCUACCGCUACUCCAUCUCGGGUCCCCACGUCCUCCCCAUAGAGAAGCACAUCUCCAGCUUCAUGCACAAUGUGCCCUUCCCCUCACCACACAGACCCCGCAUACUGGUGCAGCUCUCCCCCUAUGACAACCUGCUGCUGUGCCAGCCAGUGUCUUCACCGCUGCCUCUCAGCGGAGCUAGUUUCGUGAAGCUGCUCCAGAACCUGGGCCCAGAGAACGCUGCCUCUCUGCUGCUGGCUGUGCUGAGUGAGAGCAAGCUGCUGCUGCACUCGCUGAGGCCGGAUGUGCUGACCAGCGUGGGCGAGGCCCUUGUCUCUAUGACCUUCCCCCUGCGCUGGCAGUGCCCCUACAUCCCCUUGUGUCCCCUGACCCUAGCGGACGUGCUGUGCGCCCCCAUGCCCUUCAUCGUGGGCAUCCACUCCAGCUACUUCGACCUCUACGACCCCCCCAACGAUGUCAUCUGUGUGGACCUGGACACUAACACCAUCUUCCAGAGUGAGGAUAAGAAGGUGCUGUCGUGGCGGGCGUUGCCUCGGAAACCGUGUAAAGCGCUACUGCACACGCUGGGGACGCUCCACCAGCAGCUGGAGAAGAUGUACACCCCUGCUCUGGAGGAGGCUACCCUGGAGUUCCUGCUCACGGAUUAUGAUCUGAUCUACGGGCGCCGCAAGCAGCUGGAGCUGGAGAUCCAGGAAGCGUUCCUUCGCUUCAUGAGCUGCCUGCUGCGAGGGUACCGCUCCUACCUGCUCCCCAUCACGCAGGCCCCCUCGGACCGGACCACCGACUCCAGCUCCCUCUUCAACCUGCAGGGGUUCCUGAAGUCUCGAGAGCGCACUCAUCAGAAGGUGUUCUCUGUUCUCACCCGCACUCAGAUGUUCACUCAGUUCAUUGAGGAGUGCUCCUUCGUCAGCGACCGGCACGUCUGCCUCGAGUUCUUCGACGGGUGUGUAGAGAAGGUGGAUGUAGAGAAGCCGGGGCAGACGCGCCUCAUUGACCUGGAUGAAGCGCACAGCGGGGAGCGCACCGUGUUCAUCAUGCCCCCUGAGGAGCCACAGGGGCCUGACGGCUCGGAGUGCCCCGCCCUCUACAGGUACGAUGUGUUCCCUCCCCUCAGGAUGGAGCUGUUCGACCAGCCCCAGGAUCUGCUCAAGGUCCAGGCCCGAGGCAGCGCCCCCAGCAGCCCUGCCCCCCGCAGGACAAAGCAGGAGAUCAAGCUGGCUCAAAAGCGAGCUCAGAAGUACUCCGCGGUUCCGGAGAUGUGGUCCAAGUGUCUGCUGGGCCACUGCUACGGGCUGUGGUUCAUCUACCUGCCCGUCUUCGUGCAGGCCGAGAGCUCCAAGGUGCGAGCGCUGCAGACUGCCUACGAGGUGCUGAAGCACAUGGAGACGAGGAAGGUGGUGCUGCCGGACGAGGUGUGCUACCGGAUCCUGAUGCAGCUCUGCGGUCAGUACGGUCAGCCAGUCCUGGCGGUCAGAGUGCUGCUGGAGAUGAAGAGGGCCGGCAUCACUCCCAACACUAUCACAUACGGCUACUACAACAAGGCGGUGCUGGAGAGCAAGUGGCCCUCCACUAAUCAGGGCGGCCGUCUGCUCUGGGCCAAACUGCGCAACGUGGUACUGGCCGUGGCCCAUUUCCGGCAGCCAAUCAAACAGUGGAAGCAGCAACAGAGGAUGGCAUACAAGGACCCCCCAGAUAUCACGGUCGAUCGAGCCUCGGAGGCACGCCCCCAGUGCAGUCUUAUUCGCCAGGCAAGCUGGAGCGGGCUGAGUGACGCCUCCAGCCACGAGUCCCUGAGCGGCCCCCUGAUCAAGAGUAACAGCUUGAGCAGCAUGCGGGGCCAUACGGAGAAAUCCAAGGACCUUCGGAGGGCCACCCUGAAGAAUCUGGGCGCCCCCGGCAACGACAGCGGAGACGCUCACAAGCCCCCCAGUGGCCGGGUGCUGCAGCGCAGCGAGGUGUGCCUCUCCACCUUCUCCAGGGACUUCGCUGAGACAGAGGGCCGAGAGAGGAGCUACAGCUGUCAGCCUGGAGACCCAGGCGAGCAGGGAGGCGGGUACUUGCUGGAGCAGGAGAGCGGGGGCCGCGGGAAGAAGGCGGUUGAUGAGAACUGUAACCACGUGGCGUCGUCGGGGCGGAGCCUGGCGGGAAAGCUGCAGCAGCUCCUCACCCCGACCAAGCACCGGGCCACAGUGCGCCGCACAGCCAGCGUGGAUGACCGCCAGCACAGCGGCUCCGCGGGGCCCGUGAGCAGAGCUUCCGAGCAGAGGCAGUCACGCAGGGGCCACGUCACGGACAAGCUGCUGAGGGCCAAGGAGCGGCUGUACACUGCAGCCUCUGAGAGCUCCCUGUCUGUUGGAAGCGACUUGGAAGUGUCCGACUCAACCCCCCUGACCUUUCACGCCAGGAAGUCGUCCGAUUCCAGUCAGGAGGUGCCAGGAAUGGAGGUGCUGAUGUCGAGCUGUUCAUUGUGUCGCAGUUGUAACUCUCUGGUGUACGAUGAGGAGAUCAUGGCUGGCUGGACCUCCGACGACUCCAAUCUCAACUCUAGCUGCCCCUACUGCUCUGGCAGCUUCGUCCCUCUGCUCAACAUGGAGUUCAGUGCCCAACCGCUAGCGCCCAGUUCUGUGACGGGCUCGUCGAGUGCGGAGAUCUCGCUUGUUUCUGACAGUGUGGUGGAGCCCCCUGCUGCUCAGGACUGCUUCCUGCGCCCCUUGCACAAUGGGCUGAGCGAGGAGGACUCUGCCUCGGACUGCAGCAGCCGCCUGUCUGACGGGAGCUCCAUGUCGUUGGUGCCCAGCAGCGCAGGGGGCCCCAUCCAGGGGGUGACCGUGGCAUACCUGAGCCCGCUGGUCCUUCGCAAGGAGCUGGAGAGUCUGCUGGAAAACGAGGGUGACGGGGUGCUGGCCCAGCCGCAGCUCAUCGACAGCCACCCCAUCAUCUACUGGAACCUGGUGUGGUACUUCCAGCGUCUUGGGCUGCCCAGUAACCUGCUGGCACUGCUGUCCACCUCGCAGCCAGGCUCCCAGCUCACACAGACCUCCCCUGACGAGAGCUGUGCCGUGCGGGUUCGACUCAUGUGGGAUACCCUGAACCCCGACGUGGACCACUGGCCCCCGCUCUACAUCCUGUGGAGGAUGCACAGCGGGGUGCCCACUCGCUGUCACGGCUGGCGGAGACACAGCCACCCCUUCACCCUGGGCUUCCUGGAGGAGGUGCUGCGCUGGGUCGGCAUGAACGAGGUGCACAAGGCCGUCUCCCUCUUCCUGGAGACUGUCGGCACUCAGCCCGGACCCCCGAGAGUGCAGAGGAGUCUAUAUCGAGAGAUUCUCUUCCUAACCCUGGCUGCAAUGGGCAAAGACAAUGUUGUGGCUUUCGAUAAGAAGUACAAGACUGCCUACAGCCGUCUGUGUGGCUCCCUGGGGAAGGAGGAACUGCACAAGAACAGAGUCCAGCCCCCCAGCACCAAGGCAGUGGACUGCCGCAAAUCCUUCCUGGUGCCGCUGGAGUGCUGAUCCCCCGCCACACCACAGGAGGGCACCAGCGAGUCCCGGCUCGGGGGCAGGCGAGCUGCGAGAGAAAAGGGGAGGCGCAUUAGGAAGCGUCGAGGAGAGAGACAGCAGAACUGUGAACCGCCCCUCUCUGAGCCUGCCAAGGGGAAAAAAAAGGCUCUGUUACUGCAGGUUUUACUGUGGAAACCCAAUAACCCUCUGCUGUACGCUUUGCUUAGUCUGCACCCCCCUGUUUUAUUUAGAUCAGGAGACCGCUAAUUCACAUGCCUUAGUCUUCAUUUAUUUCACUGCCCUUUUUUAUGUUGUUUGCACUGAACAGUGGUGUAGCAGAGCGGGAACUCUAAUACUAGGCAAGCUAAGUCACAUGACUCCGCUCUCCCACACAACUGCCUGAUUCAGUCAGUCAGUCCUUGUGAUGCAACGAAAAGAUUAUUAGAAAUUCUGUUACGAACUGGAAAAGGCUAAAAAUGCUGACGAAGACGACAGCCACAGACAGUGCAUCGACUAGUGUAGAAGGUUAGACCUUCACUAUACCAAUUUGUAUAAUAAUUCUUGUUUAAGAAGAUCAUUAUUUUAGUGGCAUUCUGGUACCUUCAGAUUUAAGACUUCAGCACUGGCGCUGAAUCGCUGUUUGUUACGAAUAUAUAUUUUUAUGUUUGGGUGCUUUGACCAGGAGUCCAGGAGCUGCUCUUCAGUUCUAGUCGCCUGCCUGCUGUAGACAUAAUGUAGUUUCUCUAUUUUUAGUAAGCAACAGCACCAUCUAGUGCACAGCCACUGUAUUGCCAGCAAAACAAAAGGAACCAAAGUGGUAGAUCACUGGAUGGCACUGGCUGUUCUGUAAAGACAGUGAUCUAGCCCAUGUCUGUGGCAAGCAACUAGAACUGAAAAGCAGCUCCUGAGCUUGGAUUCAAUGCACAUUAACACAGAGUUUAAACACAAUGUGGGAACUGCAAUAACAAUCGCUCCCGAUGAUUGCAAACAGUAAGGUAAAGGAACAGUAAAAAAAACUAACAAGUGUAAAGCUGCUUACUUCAUUGCCUUUUCGUUUAUUUAUUUUUUCUUAGACAUGUUUAACAGAUGUAAAACUGAACAAGGCUACGGAAUACACAGCAAGUCAAUGUUCUCAGGAAAGCAGUUUCGUAUGGGCUUGGGAGUUUGUUACACGUUUGAUCAAAGAGUUUGACAUCCUAGUUUGAAAGAAAUGGUGAUACUUUUAAAAAGCAACUUUUUAACUUGAUAUAUUUUUGCUGUUUUAGAUCCGUGUUCGGUGUCAGUCAGCACAUCUAGGUGGCGUUUCAAGCCUAAAGCAGCCCUGUGGCCUCAAUAGAGCUCUUAGAAGCAUGUCUAACUUCCAGCUGGUACAAAUACAAAAUAUAGAGAGAACGAAGCUGACACCUUUUACAUGCUUAGCUGAUCUUGAAUUGCUCUAAAGCCUGAGAGAGGAAACACUGAACCUUUCAGUGCCACCAUGCUUUAUAGAAACACAAACCAAGCAGGGAAUGCCCCAUUACACACACAUGUGCUGGAAAUGGCAGAUCAUUUCAACUCCUAUAUAGCAGGGCCAGAUCCCUGUUUGUCACAAUACAGACUGUUCAUAGAGCUCAUCUAAUUAAUGAGAUCUACACACACAGAGAUAUAUGUAGAUAUGCAGAGAUUUAUUCAGCACGUUUCAAAAUUAGGUUUGGUUCAAUUUUUGUAUUUUUUAAGCAUAUUUCUGUUUGAUGUUUAUUAAGAAUGCAGUUAUACUAAAAGAAACGUGGGUGUUGGCUUGAUCACGCCAGUACCCCGAUAAGGCAGAUUUCAUAGAGUAUUUUACAGCACUGUGAAUCGCAAUUCUGGUUUAUCCCGGGAUGACCACAGAUAGCUAGUUGAUGCAAUCCGGGCUCCUGGUGCUGUAAAACGCUCUAAAAACAACGCGGAUGUAAAGCUUGAUCAGUCUAACCCCCAAGUGUCUUUCCGUGUUGUGACACGUUCUACCCUUUUUGAGUGUUUUGUAUGUUUAUUGAAGCAGGGAAUGUGAUGGGUCCAGCGUGGCUCGUAUUGGAGCCAGCUGUUACUGCUGUGAUCUGUGAAUGCGCUGACAACGUUGUGUUCGGCUUGCUGCUAAUUCUGUUUGGGCUUCUCCUCCAAGUAGAAUCCAAGUCACUUCUGUAUUUGCUGUACGAAUCUGGAUUAUAGAAAAGAGCAGCGAAUGUAAGAUUUAUAGCUAAAAUCCAACCUGUCCUGCACUUUUCAUUCACUGUGCGCAGUACCGAAAUGCUGUAGCAGCCACAGUGCAAUUAUAUUAAAAUGCAUUAUCAUCCAUGGAUUUCCACUUGGGUGGUAUACAGCAUUUUACAAUCGAAUCAAUCAGUGCACUCUCCUCAUAAAACAGUAGAUUUUCUGUCAAGUUUUAAGAUUCGUAUUUCUGUUUACAGUUUAAAACUUUGCCUUUCAGCUAAGUCUGUUACACUUCCUGGGUUGCUUCACUUACCAGGGUCUUCUGAAUCAUGUUGCUGGCCGAAAGCGUGUCGGUCAACAAAGGGAAGCAGCUGAUUGGUUAAUUACAGGAAUGAUGCCACUAAAGGGGCGGGGGACAAUUUCACCCUCGCAAGUGACCAAGGAAGUGCAGCAGUAACUAAAAACAUGGCUUGCCCAAAGUGAGAUUACUUUAACCAAGAGUAGUGGUUUCAGAUAUAAUGUUUUCAAAAUAGGUGCUAGAGCACAUGAUUCUUUCAAAGCUGCACAUUGGUGGCCUGUAUACAGCUGUGAAUAGAGGUGGACAACUGGGAAACGAAAAUUGAUAUGGGAUUGUAGCAUGGCACUUGCACUAUCCAUAGCGUUGGUGACAGCGUGUGGUUGUAUUAAUCCAAGCCACUAUGUGUUCCAUUUAGCUCUGUAGUUCUUAAAAGGGGAGGAGUCAAAGCAGAAGCUCUUCCUGUGGGUAGCUGAGGGAGCAGCUGUUUAUUAGCACUGUUGUUUGUUUGUGUUAGCUGUGUUGAUUUUUUAUUGCUUCUCUGGUUGUUUUUAACUUGAUUUAAGGUUGUGAACAAGCUUGUCCGCUGGAUUCCACAGACUGACCUGGAAAAGGGAAUGUGAAUGUUUAUUUUUGUAAAAUAUUUAUUGAAGAUGUUUUUUUUUUUUGUUCUCCUUGUGCUGUUCUGUAAAUGCUACUGAUCGACAUCGCUGACAUGCUUUAAAUGUAUUUUUUAUAAACCUG